AUGACAACGUUUGACUUUUCCGACAUCGAGGCGUUUCUGGACAUGCACCCGGAUCUGUUUGAGGAGUAUUUGGUGCGUAAAGCAAAAUGCGAACAGGUGAGCCGCUGGCUGAAGGAGCACCCUCAGUCCACCAAAGCCUCUUCAGCCGAUGACAAACGCGGUCCUCUCCGAGACCCGCUGUGGUCCACCAACCCGGACGGGCUACGGCGCAGGUCGUCCCACAUGGAGCUGCGGAGAAACUUUGCACGCUCCAAAGCCACAACCGCGCACCGGACCUACGACGAGCACGUGAGCCUGAGUGAGCACGAGUCACAGUCAAGCAUGAGGCGCCGCGCGCUUCUUCGCAAAGCCAGCUCCCUGCCUCCGACCACCGCUCACAUCCUGAGCGCGCUGCUCGAGUCCAGGGUCAACGUACCCCAGUACGCAUCCAGCGCUAUCGACUACAAGUACAGACUGAAGGAGACUAACGAGCGGGAGUUUUUCUUGGAGCUCGUGAAAGACAUCUCCAACGACCUAGACCUGACCAAUCUCAGCUACAAAAUCCUCAUCAACGUUUGUAUUCUCGUGGACGCUGACCGGUGCUCGCUCUUUCUGGUCGAAGGACCCCCGCACAAAAGGACGCUGGUGUCCAAGUUUUUUGACGUUCAUUCUGGGACCACCGUCCGUCCCUCAUCAAGCACUUUGGACUCAAGCGAGGUGCAGGUGGCAUGGGGCAAGGGUAUAAUUGGAUACGUAGCAGAACAUGGGGAAACUGUGAACAUCCCAAACGCAUAUGAGGAUCACCGCUUCAGUGAUGAGAUCGAUAAGUUGACAGGCUACAAAACUCAGUCUAUUCUUUGCAUGGCCAUUUGCAACAGUGAUGGAGAAGUCAUUGGGGUGGUCCAGGCCAUCAAUAAAAAUCCCAUUGGAACCCCCUUCACAGAGGAUGAUGAAAAGGUGCUGCAGAUGUAUUUGCCUUUUUGUGGUAUUUCCAUUUCAAAUGCCAAACUGUUCUCUGAGUCUCGUAAAGAGUAUGAGCGCAGCAGGGCUCUGCUUGAGGUGGUCAAUGACCUGUUUGAGGAGCAAACAGAUUUGGAGAAAAUUGUGAGGAAGAUUAUGCAGCGAGCUCUUACUCUGCUGCAGUGUGAGCGCUGCUCAGUGCUGCUCCUGGAGGACAUAGACUCACCUGUUGUGAAGUUUUCAAAGACCUUUGAGCUCAUGUCACCAUUGUGCAAUAUUGAUCGCGAUAUCAGCAUGGAGAAACUCUCUUGCUCUGAUUGGCUGAUCAAUAACAGUAUUGCUGAGUUGGUGGCCUCCACAGGACUGCCUGUGAACAUCAGCGACGUGUGUCAGGACCCACGCUUCGACGCUGAGGCAGACCAGGCCUCUGGCUUUCACAUCCGCUCUGUGCUGUGUGUUCCCAUCUGGAAUCGCACUCAUCAGAUCAUUGGAGUUGCACAGAUCCUCAAUCGCUUGGACAGGAAGACUUUCAACGACGCAGACCAGAGGCUAUUUGAGGCAUUUGUUAUAUUUUGCGGGCUUGGGAUCAAUAACACAAUGAUGUACAACCAAGUGAAGAAAACAUGGGCCAAACAGUCUGUUGCACUAGAUAUGUUGUCUUAUCAUGCAACUUGCUCUAAGGUAGAAGUGGAUAGACUCAAGGCGGCUAAGAUCCCCCUGAGCAGUGAGCUGGGCAUUGACGAGUUUCACUUCAACGAUUUCUCUUUGGACAAUGACGCCAUGAUUACAGCGUCACUACGGAUGUUUCUGGAACUCGGAGUCGUUCAGAAGUUUAAAAUAGAUUAUGAGGUUUUAUGCCGCUGGCUUCUGACAGUGAGGAAGAACUAUCGCACAGUGGCCUAUCACAAUUGGAGACAUGCUUUCAAUGUGUCCCAGUGCAUGUUUCUUAUGAUUACGACGGCCAGUUUCCAGGACGCCUUGACUGAAGCAGAAAUCCUGGCACUAAUGGUCGGAUGUUUGUGUCAUGAUUUGGACCACAGAGGCACAAACAAUGCAUUUCAAGCCAAGACUGGCUCUGCUCUGGCUCUGUUAUAUGGAACGUCUGCCACUUUAGAACAUCACCACUUCAACCAUGCUGUUAUGAUCCUACAAAGUGAGGGCCACAAUAUCUUUGCAAACCUCUGCUCUAAAGAAUACAGCAACAUGAUGCAACUAUUGAAGCAGGCUAUUCUGUCCACGGACCUCACGCUUCACUUUGAACGCAGGACCAAAUUUUUUGAGCAUGUUCUCUCUGGUGACUUCAGCUGGACAGAUGAGGGCCACAGAGAGGUCCUUAGAUCCAUGCUGAUGACAGCGUGUGACCUGGGCGCUGUCACUCGGCCGUGGAAGGUAUCCAAACAGGUUGCAGAACUGGUCACAAGUGAGUUCUUCGAGCAAGGUGAUAGAGAGCGAUCGGAGCUAAAGCUGACCCCUGCGGCAAUAUUUGAUCGCAACCGCAAAGAUGAACUACCAGUGCUGCAGCUGGAAUGGAUAGAUGGGAUCUGUAAACCACUAUACCAGGCACUGCUGAAACUGAACAGGAAACUGCAGCCAAUGGCUGAUGGAAUAGACUCCAACAGGAAGAAGUGGGAGGAGCUGUGUUCAUCCUACCGCCAAGCACGCCAAGCCUCAGUGUCCAAUCAGAUCACAGAAAAAGGUGAAAGUCAAGUGACCAGUGAAGAUGUCUCAUCAACUGAAGCCAAAGAGAGUAAAGAUCUGGUCAAAUCCUGA